UGGAUUUCUACGUGCUACAUCGAUCAGCUCGCAGAGAGUUGCAGGCUAAAGCAUAGAGAAUCGAGAAUGUGCAUCGUGGUGACCAAGUCGCCGCCGGAGAUCGUCCGGCCAUCGGAGCCGGUGACGACGACGGCGGCGACCGGCAAGAUCAUUUUCUCGCCUUUCGACAAGCCUCUUGCCACCGUACCGGUGGUAGUGUUGCAGGUGUUCGAGCAUCCGAUCCAUGAGCCCGUGGAGACCAUCAGGAGGGGCCUCUCCCAUGCACUGGUCCACUACUACCCUCUCGCCGGCCGCCUCGCCGGUGACGAUUACGACGACGUGCACAUCGACUGCACCGGCGAAGGCGUGACCAUCGUCGCCGCGUCUGCCAACUGCACCGUCAAGCAGCUCAUGCGCGACAUCGACGGCCGAUUACCUGACCCCUCAACGGCGGUUCAACGGGAGCUCAUCGUGGACGACAACCCGGCCUACGGCUUCGGCCGCGCUGACCCUCUCAUUCUGAUGCAGGUCACCACCUUCACCUGCGGUGGCUUCGUCAUCGGGGUGACAUGGAACCAUGGCGCGGCUGACGGUUUCGGGAUCGCGCAGUUCCUGCAAGCCGUCGGUGAGCUCGCCCGCGGGCUGCCGACCACGUCCGUCAUACCAGUCAGGUCGGACAAGUCGUUACAGGCCAUGUCUUCUUCCACCGUCAUGGCCGCCAAGCAAUUCAUGUUCGGCGUCAAGCCGACGACGCUCGCCCUGCACAGCAUCACCAUCCCUGCGAGGGUGAUCAACGGCGUCCGAGGUCCGACUCCGACGUGCACCGUGUUCGAGGCGGUGGCGGCCGUGAUGUGGCGCUGCCGCACCCGCGUGGUGAUGUCCGACCCCGACGCCCCCACCGUGCUCGCCAUCACGGUGAACUCUCGCAAGUACGUGGGCGUCAAGGACGGGUACUACGGCAACUGCGCCACCAUGCAGAUGGCCGUGGCGAGGAGCGGCGUGGUGGCGGACGGCGAUAUGAUGGAGGUGGUGAGGACGAUAAGGCGCGCUAAGGAGGAGAUACCGGAGCGGUUGAAGAAGGGAGACGCCAUCGCCGAGCUCAGCAAGGGGCAGCUGAGUGGGUACGAGAGCGUGCUGCUGGUGACGUGCUGGCGAAACAUCGGCUUCGAGGCGGUGGAUUUCGGCGGCGGGAGGACGGCGAGGGUGAUGACGACGUACGAGCAGAGUGGGGUGCGGCCGCUGUGCGUGGUUUGUCUGCCAUGGCAAGGGGAGGAAGAUGAAGGAGCCAGGGUGCUGUCCGGCUGUGUAACGCCUCACCAUGCCGAUGCUUUUCUCCGUGAAAUAGCUACGCUCUGAUCUCGAUCGAUCUCCAAAUAUGUACUUUAUAAUGCACUUAUAUAUGUGCCACCAUAUAAUAAUUUUAUCAACUUUGUUACACAUGCUGUUAAUUAAUUAAUCGUGUUGUUAAUUAUUUGCUACUUAA